GUCCAUUCAACGUGUUUGUCAGUGAAGCGAGCAAGAACAUUAUAAACAUCAAUCGUCUGCAGUGGUAUGUCCUUUUUAUCGACUGACUUUUAACAUUCGGCGUAUUUUUUGUGUAUUUAGCGCAAAGGCAUGUGUUUAAAAAUAUUUGCUAAUAUUGUAGCUAUAGCUAGCUGCACUAUCACACAUGCUAAUUUCAAUGGCGACUGAGCACAUGAUAUUGAGUUAGCUUAGCAUGCUAGCGCUAUUUAGCAUAGCUAGCAAGUUUGGGGGCGUGUAGCACGAAUCUCUUCCAAAGCAGUGUCUCUAACUAGAUAUUUGAUUUAGUUAGAUAGCGAGAUACGUUGUAUAUUUUUGUUGCACCCUCUACCAAACAGUUGUUGGAAUUAAUGUAAUGAUCUCUGUAGCGAGAGACAGACCGAGAGUGGUCUCAACAUCGUGUGUUCCCAUCCCACCUCUCGCAGAUUCCUUCUCGUUUGACCAAGAAACUUGAGCAUUAGUGGGAGCGGAGGGGAGUUGGAAGAAAAUGGACCAGAGAGCUUGGAAGAACCCAUACGCAGACUAUGAUGGGAACCCUGCAUCUGUGCAAGAACUAUUUGAUUCACAAGGAAAGGUAUGACGCUAACGUUAGCUAGCUAAAGUUAAAGCUAGCUAGGCCUGGUAAGCAAAUGGUCAUAUCCUGACUGUACAAUUCAUAGCCUACAUGUCAUGAGCCUUUUUAUGCUAAAUGCAUCACGUAACUGAAAUAUAUGCAACAUUCAAAGGACUUCAAAGCCAGGCCUACUGAUAAAGAUCUAAUACAAUAUAAUCCAAUAUGUUCUGUCAUGGUGUUCUCUACAGCUCACAGCAGAGUUUGCAGGGCGGCUGAGCAAUGCCAUUAGUCAGCUGUUGAUGCACAUGGAGAAUGGGCUCAAGUCUGCCGACCCUAGAGACUGCACUGGCUACACUGGCUGGGCAGGUGAGGAAGAAGAAACCACCAUCUUGUGUUUUCUAGGUUUAGGCUGUGUUCUAAUGUCACCUCGAAUCACAAGUCUCCUAAACUCUGUCCAUUCUUCCUCUCCCCCUCGUCUCCCCCAAACCCCUCUCCCUCCAUAGGCAUCGCCCUGCUUUACCUGCACCUCCACGGUGUGUUCGGAGAGCCUUCAUUCCUGCAGAAGGCUCUGGACUACGUGGGCCACAGCCUGACGUGUCCGACGCGGCGACGUGAUGUCACCUUCCUGUGCGGUGACGCCGGGCCCCUGGCCGUGGCUGCGGUGGUCUACCAUAGAGUACAGAGAGCACAGGAGUCAGACGAAUGCCUCAGCAGGUCAGUACAGGACAUGGGCCAGCCAUAAACGUGUGUGUAUAUAGGAUCUGUUUAUUUUUAUUUAACCUUUAUUUAACCAGGUAGGCCAGUUGAGAACAAGUUCUCAUUUACAACUGCGACCUGGCCAAGAUAAAGCAAAGCAGUGCGAUUUAAUAAUAACAACAACACAGAGUUGCAUAUGGAAUAAACAAAACAUACAGUCAAUAACACAAUAUAAAAACGUGUUGUGUACAUCAUUGGGGACGGCUUACAAGACUGAGAAUUAAGACACUGGUGCUGUGUGUGUCUAGAUUUCAUUCCACCAAAUCACUCAUUUGAUCAAUAUGUGGCUUACCAUACUAGUCACUCCUCGCACGGGUAGAUCUGAGAGGAUUGGGUAGGUGUCGCAAUAUGGCAACAAGGUCCGCCUGACCUAUUGGAAGGCAAGAUCCUCACAGGUCUCCAGAAGAUCCUAGGGGAUAAGAGCUAGAUGUUGAUUUGGACAAAAGUCCACACAGUUAGUCAGGCAGAUACCAUAAGAGAUCUGAGGUAAACUAAGUGUCCCCUCCUCUCUGCUUCCUCCCUCCAGGCUGCUGCAGCUCCAUCAGUCGGUGGUAAUGGGCUCCGGGGCCAGCGGGCUCCCAGAUGAGCUGCUUUACGGCAGGAUGGGGUACCUCUAUGCCCUGACCUUCAUCAACCAGCAGUUUGGUCACGACAAGAUCCCCAUCCAAUACAUCCAACAGGUCAGUCGUAGGCUCACGGUUAAGGUUUAUCACAUACACAUUGGAUAUGUAUUCAAUGUGUUUAACAAGCACUGUUACGUUGAGUGUGUUCAAUAGAAACGCAGUUGUUUGAGUGAGCUACGGAGCAUUGUCAUCAGAAAGGUGAACGAUUUUCUAAGUAGGACCAUUUGAUAAUUAAAUGAAAAUGUUACCCUUUUCACACUACUGAAAUGAGCUUAGCCGAGCCAAGUACUGUGCUGGCCUGGUAAUGCAUCCAUUGCUGGAACUGUGCUCGUAAGGACAAAGCCAGGGAGGCCCCCCUCUUGUAGGCCCGCAGAUGUUUUUUUAUUUUAGUAACUGUCUUGGUCUCAACAUACUGUUGAGUUAGAAUACAGAAGGUGCUAUUUUGAAAUGUGGUUGGGCAUUGGCAGUUUCUCUCUUAUGUCGGUCAUUAGCUCGGUUCCAUCAAAUUGGCGACAGAUUUUCAUGCAAAUAUUCUAGAAGCACAUAUUUUCCCACCAGUGGCGCUUCCACCAAACAGACUUUCUGUGGAUACAAAUCAGUGGGUGAUGACGUAGUGCACACAAUGUCACCAACGUGGUCCUCUGUAGCUCAAUUGGUAGAGAAUGGCGCUUGUAACGCCAGGGUAGUGGGUUCGAACCCCGGGACCACCCAUGCGUAAAAAUGUAAGUCGCUUUGGAUAAAAGCGUCUGCUAUAUGGCUUGUUAUUAUAUUAUUAUGUACGCUUAAGUUUACAUGUACUGAAUAAAAAUCCAAAGUCCAUUGCAUUUUCAACUCUACCGAUAGUUUUGUCACAAACUGUUGCGUCUUGGCCCAUGUGCUCUGGCCAACAGCUCACAGAUAGUGUGGGUAGGCUAGUCUACAUGAUGAGAUUAUUAUGGAUAAGGGAGAGAUUAUUUUUUUGUCAAUCAUCGCUCAUUGUGUCACCAGAAUAAGACCCUAAAAAUUUAUUGGAAGGGAGCAUCAAGAUCACUGUGCACUUUCACCACCCUGUGAAGUUCAUCACUUAUUUCAUCUGUAGCCUAAAAAACUGUCAUGGUUUCCCCGAGUCGUAGUGGGAGGACCACACAUCCAUAUCAUCGCGUGACUCCAAGUUUACUUCGGUAUGAUGGUUAUUAUAUCAAUAUUUGCGCAUAAAGGCGUUCCCACCGCCAUUUGUUGCAUAAUUUUACCGACACAAAAAGAUACCACCAUGUUGAACAAACAAAUGAUCUGUGUCCAUUUAUAAAAUUGUAUCAAAACUUCAUUUAUUUUUUUAUUUUUUUAUACACGGUAUAAGUAGGUGUGACUUUACUCGCAUAAAAACUGUGGAUGGAAACAUUGUUAGUUAUUCACUCAAUUAGCCCAUGUCUGAAUUUUUUUAUUAUUUUUAUUUUAGAAUGGUAAAUUAAUCUAGCCAGCUACCUAAACUUGUAGUAGUCAUUGUCAAGUUACGGACCCCAUUUGAUUUUGUUAGUCACUCUCACUGAGAUAUUUUAUUAACAUGGCAUAAAGACAGGGCAAAAUGUAAAACUGCAAUAUGGCCUAAAAAUCAGAUCUCAAUUAUUAUUUUUUUUUUUUUUUUUUGAAAACAAAUAGUGAAUCGCCAAUAAGUUAGAAAAAAAUUGAGAUAUGGUGUGUCCAAACCAUUGACUGGUAGUAUAUAUGUAGAUAGAUAGAUACUACCAGUCUAAAGUUUGGACACCUACUCAUUCAAUGGUUUUUCUUUAUUUUUACUAUUUUUUUUACGUUGUGCAAUAAUAGUGAAUACAUCAAAACUAUGAAAUAACACAUUUGGAAUCAAGUAGUAUCCAGAAAAAGUGUUAAACAAAUCAAAAUAUAUUUUAUAUUUGAGAUUCUUCAAAUAGCCACCCUUUGCCUUGAUGACAGCUUUGCACAUUCUUGGCAUUCUCCCCAACCAGCUUCAUGAGGUAGCCCCUGGAAUGCAUUUCAAUUAACAGGCGUGCCUUCUAAAACGUUAAUUUGUGAAAUGUAUUUCCUUCUUACUGCAUUUGAGCCAAUCAGUUGUGUUGUGACAAGGUAGGGGGGGGUAUACAGAAGAUAGCCCUAUUUGGUACAAGAACAGCUCAAAUAAGCAAAGACGAAUGACAGUCCAUCGUUACUUUAAGACAUGAAGGUCAGUCAAUAUGGACAAUUUCAAGACCCAGUGUUACCGCUGCUGCAGAGGAUAAGUUCAUUACAUUUACAUUUUAGUCAUUUAGCAGACGCUCUUAUCCAGAGCGACUUACAGUUAGCGCAUACAUUAUUUUAUCGAACCCACAACCCUGGCGUUGCAAACGCCAUGCUCUACCAACUGAGCUACAUCCCCUGCCGGCCAUUCCAUCCCCUACCCUGGACGACGCUGGGCCAAUUGUGCGCCGCCCCAUGGGUCUCCCGGUCGCGGCCGGCUACGACAGAGCCUGGAUUCGAACCAGGAUCUCUAGUGGCACAGCUAGCACUGCGAUGCAGUGCCUUAGACCACUGCGCCACUCGGGAGACGUUAGUUACCAGCCUCAGACAUUAGUUACCAGCCUCAGAAAAUGCAGCCUUUUUGUGGUCCACUGUAGCUCAGCUGGUAGAGCACGGCGCUUGUAACGCCAAGGUAGUGGGUUCGAUCCCCGGGACCACCCAUACACAAAAAAAAAAAUGUAUGCACACAUGACUGUAAGUCGCUUUGGAUAAAAGCGUCUGCUAAAUGGCAUAUUAUUAUUAUAUAUUAUUAUAAAUAAAUGCUUCAGAGUUCAAGUCACAGACACAUCUCAACAUCAACUGUUCAGAGGGGACUGUGUGAAUCAGGCCUUCAUGGUCAAAUUGCUGCAAAGAAAUCACUAAUAAAGGACCCCAAUAAGAAGAAGAGACCUGCUUGGGCAAAGAAACACAAGCAAUGGACAUAUUUGGUUCCAACCGCCGUUUCUUUGUGAGACGCGGUGUGGGUGAAUGGAUGAUCUCCGCAUGUGUAGUUCCCACCGUAAAGCAUGGAGGAGGUGGUGUUAUGGUGUGGGGGUGCUUUGCUGGUGACACUGUCUGUGAUUUAUUUAGAAUUCAAGGCACACUUAACCAGCAUGGCUACCACAGCAUUCUGCAGCGAUAUGCCAUCCCACCUGGUUUGGGCUUAGGGGGACUAUCAUUUGUUUUUCAACAGGACAGUGACCCAAAACACACCUCCAGGCUGUGUACGGGCUAUUUUACUAAGAAGGAGAGUGGUGGAGUGCUGCAUCAGAUGACCUGGCCUCCACAAUCACUCUGCGCAGAGUGAAGGAAAAGCAGCCAAAAAGUGCUCAGCAUAUGUGGGAACUCCUUCAAGACUGUUGGAAAAGCAUUCCAGGUGAAGCUGGUUGAGGGAAUACCAAGAGUGUGCAAAGCUGUCAUCAAGGCAAAGGGUGGCUAUUUGAAGAAUCUCAAAUAUAAAAUAUAUUUGGAUUUGUUUAACACUUUUUCUGGUUACUACUUGAUUCCAAAUGUGUUAUUUCAUAGUUUUGAUGUCUUCACUAUGAUUCUACAAUGUAGAAAAUAGUAAAAAAUAAAGAAAAACCCUUGAAUGAGUAGGUGUCCACACUUUUGACUGGUACUGUGUGUGUGUAUAUGUAUCGCUAUCUCUGUAUAUAUCUCUAAAUAAGCGUUGUACAAUUAAAGGUCAAAUACACUGCAUUUCAAACAGUCAGCAAUAAUCUAAUGAAUUCAGGGCUUGUGAAGUUAUACCUAGGCUAAAUAUAAGCUUUCCACAACCAUAAGACCCACUUAUAAUUUAAUUAUUUUAUCAAAAUAGUUAACCUGCUUUUCUUUGUUUUGUUGCAAUCACUGAUCUGGCUUUUAAGUCGGUCUAUGAAAAUGCCCUUUUUUGUUACAGAUGUAGCUAGAACCAUCCAUAAUGCAACUUCACUAGUAAUGACUAACACACGUCUCAACAAUCUCUCAAGCCCACGUGCUAGUGAUUAGUCAGUUUAUCUUUUAUAUUUCAAGUUUAGCCAACUUGGGUCCAUUUUCUAGCUAACAAGGUUGAACAGUUGAAUUGUUAUGAACAAACCUGUCUGUCUCCAACUGUUUGAAAAGCAUGUUAGCCUGUCCACUUUGUUCAGAUGUAUACCAGUCUUUGGCUAAAAUGCUGCUAAGGGUACGUGCUACCACAAUGCAGCGCGCGAAAAACUGAGCAUUCAUUUACAUUUUACAUUUUAGUCAUUUAGCAGACGCUCUUAUCCAGAGCGACUUACAGUUAGUGAAUACAUUUGUAUAAAUUUUUUUUUUAAUAUUUUUAUUUUAUAAAAAAAAAUAUAUAUAUAUACUGGCCCCCCGUGGGAAUCGAACCCACAACCCUGGCGUUGCAAACGCCAUGCUCUAUCAACUGAGCUACAUCCCUGCCGGCCAUUCCCUCCCCUACCCUGGACGACGCUGGGCCAAUUGUGCGCCGCCCAUAAGUCUCCCGGUCGGGGCCGGCUGUGACAGAGCCUGGAUUCGAACCAGGAUCUCUAGUGGCACAGUUAGCACUGCGAUGCGGCGCAGGAGGCAUUCAUUUUCUAGAAUCAAUGUUCAUUGGUACUCUCGUUUUAGUAGUGUCUGCUCUGCAUGCAAUUUGAGUUGUUGAGACAUAAAAAGGGUAUUGUUUGAAAAGUUAACUUCUCCUCUAGUACAGUAAAAUAAUGUGUAUUGGUGUCCAUAUGACCGAUUCUGUUGGAACAAAACUCAAAUGCAAAUACAGAAAAAAUUUUGCUCGGGAGGGUUCGCGUAACAAUAUUUCGCUUAGGGGCUAUGGGCUGGUCUAACUGCAUGUGUGGGUAUGGAUGUGGGUACGCAGACCCGCGAGCCACUGAAGCCCCUCAUGAUGAGUUCAGACUUUUUGUGGCCCCCACCCCCAUCAAAGCUGCCCAUCCCUGGACAAAACCAGAAUCUAAUAUCAGAGCCAGUAAGUUUCAGGUCGGCACAAUAGUGUGAAAAGUGUAAUUAUUUUCAGUUGAUAUAGGUUGUGUACGUUCACUCAUCCACCCUACAGAUUUUCAGAAGCAAUACAACAGUAAAGCCUCUUUACAAUAUUAUAUUAUUAUUAUAAGAAAUCCUGCUAUUCCCUCCGAACCAUCAAACAGGCAAAGAGUCAAUACAGGACUAAGAUUGAAUCGUACUACACCGGCUCUGACGCUCGUCGGAUGUGGCAGGGCUCAAAAACUAUUACAGACGACAAAGGGAAGCACAGCUGCGAGCUGCCCAGUGACACAAGCCUACCAGACGAGCUAAACCACUUCUAUGCUCGCUUCGAGGCAAACAACACUGAAGCAUGCAUGAGAGCACCAGCUGUUCCGGAUGACUGUGAUCACGCUCUCCGUAGCCGAUGUGAGUGAGACUUUUAAGCAGGUCAACAUUCACAAGGCCGCAGGGCCAGACGGAUUACCAGGAUGUGUACUCCGAGCAUGUGCUGACCAACUGGCAAGUGUCUUCACCGACAUUUUCAACAUGUCCCUGACUGAGUCUGUAAUACCAACAUGUUUCAAGCAGACCACCAUAGUCUUAGGACACUAAGAUAACCUGCCUAAAUGACUACCGACCCAUGGCACUGACGUCUGUAGCCAUGAAGUACUUUGAAAGGCUGGUCAUGGCUCACAUCAACACCAUUAUCCCAGAAACCCUAGACCCACUCCAAUUUGCAUACCGCCCCAACAGAUCCACAGAUGAUGCAAUCUCUAUUGCACUCCACGCUGCCCUUUCCCACCUGGACAAGAGGAACACCUACGUGAGAAUGCUAUUCAUUAACUACAGCUCAGCGUUCAACACCAUAGUGCCCUCAUCACUAAGCUAAGGAUCCUGGGACUAAACACCUCCCUCUGCAACUGGAUCCUGGACUUCCUGACGGGCCGCCCCCAGGUGGUAAGGGUAGGUAACAACACAUCUGCCACGCUGAUCCUCAACACGGGGGCCCCUCAGGGGUGCGUGCUCAGUCCCCUCCUGUACUCCCUGUUCACCCAUGACUGCAUGGCCAGGCACGACUCCAACACCAUCAUUAAGUUUGCCGACGAUGAGACAGCAUAUAGGGAGGAGGUCAGAGACCUGGCCGUGUGGUGCCAGGAUAACAACCUCUCCCUCAAUGUGACAAAGACAAAGGAGAUGAUUGUGGACUACAGGAAAAAAAAGAGGACUGAGCACGCCCCCAUUCUCAUCGACGGGGCUGUAGUGGAACAGGUUGAGAGCUUCAAGUUCCUUGGUGUCCACAUCACCAACAAACUAUCAUGGUCCAAACACACCAAGACAGUCGUGAAGAGGGCACAACAAAGCCUAUUCCCCCUCAGGAGACUGAAAAGAUUUGGCAUGGGUCCUCAGAUCCUCAAAGUUCUACAGCUGCACCAUCGAGAGUAUCCUGACUGGCUGCAUCACCGCCUGGUAUGGCAACUGUUCGGCCUCCGACCGCAAGGCGCUACAGAGGGUAGUGCGUACGGCCCAGUACAUCACUGGGGCCAAGCUUCCUGCCAUCCAGGACCUCUAUACCAGGCGGUGUCAGAGGAAGGCCCUCAAAAUUGUCAAAGACUCCAGCCACCCUAGUCAUAGACUGUUCCCUCUGCUACCGCACGGCAAGAGGUACAGGUGCGCCAAAUCUAGGUCCAAAAGGCUUCUCAACAGCUUCUACCCCCAAGCCAUAAGACUCCUGAACAGCUAAUCAUGGCUACCCGGACUAUUUGCACUGCCCCCCCCCCCCCACCCCAUAUUUUUACGCUGCUGCUACUCUGUUAAAGUGACUGCAUAAAUAAUAAUUACCUAUUACCUCUACUACCUCAACUAGCCGGUGCCCCCGCACAUAGACUCUGCACCGGUACCCCCCUAUAUAUAGCCUCCCUACUGUUAUUUUAUUUUACUUCUGCUCUUUUUUUCUCAACACUUUUUUGUUUUAUUGUAAUUUUUUAUACAAAAAUAAAUGCAUUGUUGGUUAAGAGCUGUAAGUAAGCAUAAUGUCUACACCUGUUGUAUUCGGCGCAUGUGGAAAAUAAAAUUUGAUUAUUAUAUAUAUAUAUAUUAAUUAUAUUCCUGUUGUGGUGUGUUUUGAAUGCUCUCUCUCCCUCUGAUCUGAGGCUGUGUUGAUAUCAGUGAUCAAAUCAAUUUUAUUUGCCACAUGCGCCGAAUACAACAGGUGUAGACCUUACAGUGAAAUGCUUACCUACAAGCCCUUAACCAACAAUGCAGUUUUAAGAAAAUUAUUUUAAAAAUAAAAAUAAUUAUUAAAGAGCAACAGUAAAAUAAAAUAACAGUUGGGAGGCUAUAUACAAGGGGUACCGGUACAGAGUCAAUGUGCGGGGGCACAGGUUAGUUGAGGGAAUAUGUACAUGUAGGUAGAGUUAAGAGAUGUGGCGUGUGUUUUGACUGUGUUUUGACCCUGGUCUCUCGCCCACAGAUCUGUGAGGCUGUGUUGAUAUCGGGGGAGGGUCAGUCCCAGAGGUUCCGUUGUCAGGACCAGAGCCCUCUGAUGUACGAGUGGUACCAAGAACAGUAUGUAGGCCCCGCCCACGGCCUGGCAGGCAUCUACUACUUCCUCAUGCAGGUAAUAAAGCUAGAGCUGAUUGGUUUAAAACUUCCCUUUAUUGUCAUGCAGGUAAAGCUGAUAGGCUGAAAAUCCCCAUUUAUGCAGGAUUAGGAAUCUAAAGAAAACGCCUUCAUAUAACCUGUUAUGUUAAGUCCUAUUCCACCAAGUAGUUUACUAGUUGAAUCAUACGCUGAUGCUGGAAUAGUGAGUAUGUGAAAUGGCUGGGGGACUCUGAAGACCAGGUUGGGAAACAUUGUAUAACGGGACCUUAAACAUCAUCAACCAGGGUUGGGAUCAAUUCAGGGAGUAAACUUGCUUUUUCUCAUUGAAAAUAAACCACCAAAUGGAAUUGACUCCAAACUUUUCAUCAACUUACUAUGAAGUGUGAGCCAUGAAACCUCAUUGAUCAUCUUCCCUGUUCUGUGCCCUGCAGCCAGGCUAUGUGGCGGGGGAUGAGAGGGUCCACAGACUGGUGAGGCCCAGCGUGGACCACGUCUGUCGACUCCGCUUCCCCACGGGGAACUACCCACCCUGCAUAGGGGACAACAGGGACCUGCUGGUGCACUGGUGUCACGGAGCCCCAGGCAUUAUCUACAUGCUGCUGCAGGCCUACAAGGUACUGGAAACCUGGGUCCUUUUCAGUAGGAGGGAAAUGUUUAGAAAAGAGUGAAACUGGGAGGUGCUACCUGAACUCAUCCAAUGAAAACGCAGAUGUUAGCUUUUUUUUCCCGUUACAAAAUGUUUUGAUACGGUGUGACUCUACUGAACACACCCCAGGACUAUGUUAUGGAUAGAUUAUGUGAUGGAUAAUUACUAUGGUACAUGCAAUCUCAGAUGUAAUUGGCAGAAUAACAUCAUGGAGGCCGGGGGUCUCUUGGAGUGAAAUAGUGGCAUUUGGUGGUGAAGUUGUGCCAGCCAUAAUGUAUAGCUGCAAUACACAAUACAUGUGUCCCUUAAAACAUUAUCGCAUUACUUUUAUUCUGAAAAUGUGUUUCAUAUGUCACAUUAGUUGUCUGCCAAUCAAUCCUCUUGGGUUAGAAAUAGACUACUGAAUUUAUACAGCGCUGUCUCAACGUCUCCUAAAGAAACAUCCAUUUUUUAGUUUCCUGUUUCAAACAUUUAAAAACGUUUUGCCCUCCUGAACAUGCCCCUGUUAUCCCUCUGCAGGUGUUUGGAGUAGGCCAGUACCUGGAGGAGGCUCUGCAGUGUGGGGAGGUGGUGUGGCACAGGGGUCUGCUGAAGAAGGGCUACGGCCUGUGUCACGGCGCCGCGGGCAACGCCUACGCCUUCCUGGCCCUCUACAAGCUCACCCAUGACCCCAAGCACCUCUACAGGGCCUGCAUGGUGAGAGACAGCCUAAACUUACUGACCUGAUGGGGAAAUCUCCUGGCCCUAUGUCCUCACCUGUUACCACAAGCAAGCUCUCAUCAAUUGAUGAGGAUGUGGAGCCUGGAGUUUCCCCUGGUCCGGUCACAUGAUCAAAUGACUAAAUUGUUGUUGUUUUUUUCUGGAAAACUCCUGGCUCGACUGUACGUCCUCAUCCUCUACCACCCUCUCUGUGAUGGUUUGAUGUUUUAACAAAUAGACAUUUGACAGGGUCUCUACUAGGUUUAUGACUUACUAAUUUAGUAGCUUAUGUCAGUGUGUUGUUAUUGACAACCGCUAGGUGGCUGUCCGUGUGUUGUUAUUGACAACCGCUAGGUGGCUGUCCGUGUGUUGUUAUUGACAACCGCUAGGUGGCUGUCCGUGUGUUGUUAUUGACAACCGCUAGGUGGCUGUCAGUGUGUUGUUAUUGACAACCGCUAGGUGGCUGUUAAUGUGUCUUUGCAUCAACACAGACAGUGAGAGAGAGAGAGGGGGAGGUGUAUUUGAUGUCUCUUUUUGGAGGGGCUCCAUAUGGCUGGAGUCCCAUGUGUAGUUUGAACUUUAUUAAGAUGCAGCUAUUAAUAUCCAGCUGGAAAUGGAGCUGCCAGAUGGCUGUCCAAGCUCUUACAUCUUACCCCAAUGGACUGUAAUGGAACCAACUAGAAUGGCUUUGUGGUCACAUAGGUGGGCCAUUUAAUCCUAGUGGCAUCUAAAGUGUCACUGUAAGGCACACAUUAAGAAUUGGCUGCUAAAAAUGAAUUUCUCUUAGGACAGUGUUUGUCAAUCGUCUGAUACUGAAUGAAGUGUUGACUGUUGUAUUGUGAAAAGCCUGACUCGGGUCUUUUGUCUUCUGUAGUUUGCAGACUGGUGCAUGAACUACGGAAAACAUGGCUGCAGGACACCGGACACUCCUUUCUCAUUAUUUGAAGGUAAUGUGAAGCCAUCUAACACACAACAUAUCAAAUGCUUGAAGUAGAAUGUUUAGCCUAGACCAGAUUUGCUCAAUAAUUUGGCAAAUUUCAAUUAAUCAAUGAAUAGUGGAAAGCUUGAGGACAUGGUCGUGUUCACUCUCCCGAGUGGCGCAGUGGUCUAAGGCGCUGCAUCGCAGUGCUAGCUGUGCCACUAGAGAUCCUGGUUCGAAUCCAGGCUCUGUCGUAGCCGGCCGCGACCGGGAGACCCAUGCGACGGCGCACAAUUGGCCCAGGGUAUGGGAGGGAAUGGCCGGCAGGGAUGUAGCUCAGUUGGUAGAGCAUGGCGUUUGCAACGCCAGGGUUGUGGGUUCGAUUCCCACGGGGGGCCAGUAUGAAAAAAAUAUAUAAAAAAAAUAAUGAAUGCACUCACUAACUGUAAGUCGCUCUGGAUAAGAGCGUCUGCUAAAUGACGUAAAUGUAAAUGUCUCAAAUUGUAGAAAACUGACAAACUGGGAGGGACUACCUGAACUGGGAGGGACUACCUGAACUUUGUUUUCAUUUUCCUUUGCAAAAUUUUUUUUGCUAAGGUGUGCCCUGACGAAUACGACCCAAUAACUGUUUUAGACGUGAAAUCAAUGUGUCACUUCGUGUCCACAGGCAUGGCUGGCACCAUCUACUUCCUGGCGGACCUCCUCCAGCCCCUGAAAUCAAAGUUCCCAGCCUUUGAGGUGUAAAAGGUAUCCCUGCUUACCCCUGGUCUCCUGCCUGCUGCUCUGGAAACUAUGAUACACAUCCAAGCACCUAAUCUCUCUCCAUCUCUCUCACACACACACACACACACACACCGAGACAUUUAAAGAAACACACACACAGGCAUAUACACCGCAGAGUCACCUCUGCAGGUGAUAAUCAAGAUGACUUUUUCCAUCACAACAAAAUCUUCCCACAGUCUCUCCUUAUUGGCUGAACGGUAACUGUGUGUGGUCAGCUCACUGUGGUGUAGGGAGGAGGACCAGGGACAAUCAGUGCGAGGGUGACAUUUUGCACGAGCAAAUGGCAGUGAGCAAAAGAACCAUAAGAUUUCAAAUAGAUGUGAAGGCAAAUUAUCCAAUGUGAAUUCCAAAUACUUCAACUCUCAAUUGCAUCGCAUACAUCACAUGCAUUGCUCAGUUGUCUAAACCCUGGUUAAAUUCUUAUAACACUACUUGUUGAAAAGUUCAAAUUAAAUCAUGCUUUAUAAUUAGUUUUUAUCAUGCAGAUUGAGUUUUAUGGUAUUCUUUGCACAGAUCUGCACCUUUUUUUUGCGUGAGGAAAAUGUCGCCCCUAGUCUAAUAUGUGCAUGGUGCAUGGGGGUUUGAAGUGUUAUGCACUGAAUCUUGCUCACUAUUUUGUGUCUAGACAUGGGGCAUAAGCAGAGAUGACCACCUCAAGUGGAUUGUCGAUUGAUAGACAUCAAUUGAAUAUUUACUUUUCAUUCAUUUUUAUGACGUAUUGAGACUUCAGUUUAUCUGAGAUGAAAUUGACUACGAUUUUUUUUGCUCAGGCUAGAGUCUGGUCAAAAGGUAGUCCUCUCAACUCGGGACCAUCAUUAGCCCCUUGGUAACGGGGGUUGGAGCCCCGUCUCCAAUUCUCCUGUCUAUGUCCCUACUAUCUGUGUCUACUUUCCCGCUGUACUGUCUAUGAAUCAAUAAAAAAUUACCAAGGGGAUCGGAAUACCGAUCAAUCUCCUAUAUAAAAAAAAAUAUCUUUGCUCCAACAUUCAUGUUUGUUAAUUUUAGAUUUCACCUUUUUUUUUUGAAUAACCGGAAUAGAAAUUCCAUGGUGUAGAGGAUUUUUCAUCUUUGCAGAUUGUGGCUGCAAUAGAAACUUUGUAGUAAAAUUAUUAUACUGUGUGACAAAGUACUACAGUAAAACUGUAAUGACCAUGUGACGCAUCAUAACAAGUGGUGUGUGUGUGAUGUACGCUUGUAACUCUACUGCUCAUCUACGGUUUCUUCACAUUUCCAUUGGCUAAAUAAUAAAACAAGGUAUUUUUUACAUCUCACCUGUCUGUUACCUUUGCUAUUAAACUAUUAUUCAUUGUUGUAGUGUU